AUGGCGACCCCGUCCCCGCUCAAGUCUGUGACGGCGCACUCGUGGGAGACGGAACCCGAGGGCGCGCUGGAGGGAAUUGUGCUCGAGGACGAUGCGAUCUUCGACCCCGUGAAGGCCGUUAAGAGCAAGGUUUCGAAGCUCGUGCCGGAGGAAGGAGCGCACAAGCCCACGCACUGCCUUGCGCGCCUGCGCUUCCACCCCAACACGGAGAAGCAGCUCAACAACAUGAUCAAUGUGGAGUACGCCAUGUCCUACACCUUCCACAGCAUGAGCAACUACUACGCCCGUGACUGCGUGGGUCUUCCAGGGCUUGCAACACUUUUCAUGAAGCGCAGCAAUGAGACCAGGAAGAACGCUAUUGAACUUGGCGCCUAUGUCUCGAAGCGUGGCGGGUGUGUGGUGUUGAAGCCCAUUGCUGCUCCUGAGGGCGAGUAUGGUGAUCCUCAGAAGGGAGAUGCUCUCAGCGGCAUGGAGCUGACCCUCGCCAUGGAGAAGGCAGAGACUGAUAAGUUCCUUUCACUGAACAAGGCUGCGGAAGAUGUGGUGGAUGAGCAGCUUUCGGACUUUCUCACCGACAACUUCAUUGACAAGCAGGUGGAUCUUCUCAAGCUCCAUGCGAUCUAUGUGUCGCAGCUGCGCCGCGUGCGCACUGGCCAUGUCCGUGGCGAUGGUGAUCCCGUACGGGAGUGGAUUCUUAGCGAGACGGGGGGCAAGGCGAGCACAAUAACGCGGAUAUCCCCUGUCUUCGGCGGGUGCAUCAAUAACGCGUCUAGAUACGAAACGGAUGUCGGUUCCUUUUUCGUGAAAACGAACAGCUCCGCGGGCCCGGCAAUGUUUGAGGCGGAGGUGGCGGGGCUGCAGGCCAUGGUCGAGGCGGGGGCUAUCCGCGUGCCACGCCCCUUCACUGCAGGCGCCAUGCCGCGCCGCGGGUCGUAUGUCGUCAUGGAGUUCAUUGAAUUCGGCCACCUCAAGACGCAGGCAGAGUUAGGGCGGCAACUAGCCCUCAUGCACCUGCAGGGGAUGUCUCCUAAUGGGCAGUUUGGAUUUCAUUGCGAUAACACCAUUGGCAGCACGCCCCAGCCCAACAAGUGGGAGAGUGACUGGGUGACAUUCUUCAGAGAGCAUCGGCUGGGUCACCAGCUGAAGCUGAUCCGCAAGCAGUUUGCAGAUAAUGCUCUCGUCGCCAGUGGGGAGAAACUGCUGGAGAAGCUUCCUGAGUUGCUUGGUGGUGUGGAGGUGAAGCCAAGCCUCUUGCAUGGGGACCUGUGGAGCGGAAACAUCGCUGCGGAUAAGGAAGGCAAUCCAGUCAUCCUCGACCCUGCUACAUACUAUGGGCAUAGUGAAGCUGAAUUCGGAAUGUCGUGGUGUGCCAGUUUUGGCGGUUCGUUCUGGUCAGCGUAUUUUGAGGUUCUUCCUAAGCAGCCUGGCUUUGAAGAAAGGGUGGAGAUUUACAAGCUGUACCACUACCUCAAUCAUUAUAACCUCUUUGGAUCAUCCUAUCGUUCGUCCUGCACGUCUAUCAUCAAUCGGUUUGUCUGA